AUGGAUCCCUCAAGGACCCUGGUUGCAUUCCUUCUUGAGACGGAUCCAUCAGUCACCACAGUCCAGCUUAUUGGCUCCUGGGACAAUUUUUCCUCAUGUUAUCCCAUGGACCGCGACGCCCGGCGCGGUCGCGGCCAUUGGCGAGGCUGUCACUCCCUCCGCGACCACGUUUGCGACGGCGCUGGCAGUCGAUAUAAGAUGCACACAGGCCUUGCCAUGGGUCACACCUACUAUUAUUAUUACGAGUUGAAUGGGGCUACAGAAAUGUGCAAUCCUUCAAUGCCUUCUACGACGUCUUGUCCGUACCUUCCGGGCCAAAAAGUGAAUACCUUAUAUAUACCCGAGGAAGCCACCAGUCGGACUCGGCGUGCUUCACUAUCAUCGCUAUCAGAAGAAUACUUUCGAACCAUGGAUCCUCACUCCAAAUUUGUUACGCCGCAACCCGCUGCUCCUUCCCAUGCCGAGCUGUCUAUCCGCCGCACGGGUACCGCUGCUCCCGCUCUCUCCACAGACUUUGCCUUCACCAAAGACCGUUCGCUCUCAGCCAGCUCUCCCACCAAGUCUCCUUGGAGACGCUUCUUCGACAGAGCUCUCAUUUCUCGCUCAUCAGAGAACCGCCGUUGCUCAGCCAACAACGACGACCACCGCAGCCUGACAUCUCCCUCCUCCUCCUCCAACUACGACAUUCGGCCUCAGACGUCGUCGGAAGGGACUCGCACGCGCGACAUUUCUCCCGCAUCCUUGCGCCGCCUCCUUGUUGAGGAGAUAGACACAUCGGUGCAGCCCGUUUCACGCGGCAGUCUGACCCCGUCGGCCAACUCUCGCACACCAAGCUUUGACGAAUUGGAUCAAGUUGACGAAGAAGAGGACGACUAUUUUGUGGGAACAACAAACGAUUUGUCCAUGUACGCCGCAGAAGAACCAUUAUUCACCACACGGCUCUCCCCGCCCCCGUUUAGGAGAGGUGUGUCCCCGGUCACGGCGACAAGCUCUUCUGCCCAAACUGUCGUGCCAUCACCACGGAGCCCGCAACCCCCUCUUCAAUCCGGCGAGGACACUCCAAGUGGCCUGUUGAUAUCGCCGGUUCCUCAACAACCACUGGCGCGGCUGUCGAUGCCGGAGAGCCCGAUUCUCUCCGUGAUAGACACAGAUUUCCACUCGGCAUGCCCGUCCUCCACUCUGUCGAGCGCCAUGAACUCGCCUGCCUCUCCGACGUUGGGUGAGUUUCCGUCGUUCUACGACGACACUCAGGACGAUGAUGACGACAUUGAUGAGCGCUUCCCAUUUUUCAGUCACGAAGAGACGCGUUUCAGCAGUACAGCGGCCAAAGGCAACAGACAUGCCAAGGUUCCCUCAACGGCGUCCUUUUCAAGGUACUGCCUUCCGCAGCUGGUCUUUUCGACAGACAAGCUGCCCUCUGCGGACAAUACACUCUCUACAAGCCCACACUUCACCACGGUUAGCUCGCCGCUGCUUAUGCCGCGGUCGGGCGAGCCGGUUGGCGAGAAUGGCAGCUCCAACUUGCUGGGCUCGAGCCUGGACGUCGGUCUUGGCGACUUUGCCAGUGAGCUCAGAUGGGUGGCUGAUUCGAUUACGAGUCGUCGCUAG